GCAGGCGAAAUAAGUUUACAUUUUAUUAUCAGUCCUUUUUAAUGUAGAUCCACCAAUACUGUGAGCUCAGAAGGCAAUGUCGGGAAAAAACGAGCUAAAGAUAAAUCAGAAGUUUGCAGAUAAAUACGAGAAAUAUCGACAGAAAGAAGAAUUACAGAGAUUAAAAGAUCGCUAUGGAGACCGGGGUGAUGUUAGCGAAUCGGAUUCCUCGGACUCGGAGUCAGACGAUGAUAGCGAAGUGGAACUGGAUCCCAGACUUGAGAGAGACUUUUACAGAACACUUUCUAUGCUCAAGAAGAAAGAUCCUAAGAUCUACCAGGAGGAUGCCAAAUUCUACACUGAAGAAGAGUCACUGGCGGCCAAUGAUGACCAGCCCUCGACUUCAAAAAAGAAAGAGAAACCCAUGUUCUUGAAAGACUACGAGCGUCAGGUCAUUCUGGAGAAGGGAGGUAAAUAUGAAGAUGAGGAGGAUGAGAGUGAUGACGAAGAGGCUGCAAAGAGGAGGGAGAGGGCUGCCUCUCCCAGCUAUAUCCAGGAGCAGAAAGAGCUGAAAGAGAGCUUCCGGAGGUUUGUGCAGGACAGUGAUGAGGAGGAUGGAGAGGGAGAUGAGGACUCAGAGCUUCUGACGAGAAGGAUCAAGACACAGGAGGAGAAGGAUAAAGAGGAGGCGGAUUACUCGGAGUGGCUCAAAGGCCAGGCGGAGCUGGAGGGAGUGGAGGAGGUGCAAGACAUGAAGUACCUGAGGGACUAUUGGAAUGACCCCCAGCUCGACGAGAGGGAGAGGUUCCUGCGGGAUUACGUCCUCAACAAGGGCUACCUGGACGAGGAGGAGGACGACAGAAUCCCCACCUAUGAUGAGGUGGUGCAGGACGAGGUGGAGGACUCUGAAGAGGAGGGCGAGUCCUUCCUGGAGCGGCAGGAGGACUUUGAGAGGCACUACAACUUCCGCUUUGAAGAAGCGGAUGCCGAGCAGAUCAAGACAUACCCCCGCAACAUCGCGACAUCUGUGCGUGCCAAGGACGAGCGGAGAAAACGCAAGAGGGAGGAGGUGAAGGAGAGGAAGAGGAAGGAGAAGGAGCAGAAGCAAGCCCAGCUCAAGCAGCUGAAGAACCUGAAGCGCAACGAGAUCGUGGAGAAACUGCGAAAACUGCAGGAUCUGACCGGAAACCAGGAACUGGCCUUCAGCCAGGAUGACCUUGAGGGGGACUUCGACCCGCAGCAGCACGACCAGCUCAUGCAGAGGUUCUUUGGCGAUGAGUACUACGGAGAGGGGGAAGAGGAGAAGCCCCAGUUUAAUGAUGAAGAGGAUUUGGAUGGACAGUGGAACUGGGACACGUGGACAGGAGAGGAAGAGGAAGGAGGAGAGGAGGAAGAGGACGAGCAGGACUAUGAGAGCUAUGAGCCCAACUGUGAUGAUCCUGACUUCGUUAUGGAUGCAGACUAUGAUCCCAGUCAACAGCCAACCUCCUCUAAGAAGAAGAAGAAAAAAGAGAAGGAGAUGAGGAAGAAGAUGAAAAAGGAAGAUGCCCCUCUCAUGGGCAAGAAGAAGAAAAAGAAAUCUCACUUUGCUGAGAUCAUCACCCAGAACAAGCCUGUCUUCGACCCCCAGGAGAAGAGCUUUGAGCAGUACCUGGAUGAGUACUACCGCCUCGACUAUGAGGACAUCAUAGACGACCUUCCCUGCAGGUUCCGCUACAGGCAGGUCAUGCCCAACGACUUCGGCCUGACCACUGAGGAGAUCCUGGGAGCAGAUGAGAAAGAGCUGAACCGCUGGUGCUCGCUGAAGAAGACCUGCAUGUUCAGGUCUGAGAAGGAGGAAAGCAGUGAUGUUAAGAAUUACAAGAUCAAGGCCCAGAAUGAGAAGAAGAAGAGGGAGGUCCUUGGUUCCUUCUAUAUGGAAGAGGAAGCACUGGGAGAGAAACCAGAGAGCAAGACCAAAGUGGGGAAGAAGAGGAGGGACCGGCUAAAGAAACAGGAGGGAGAGAGGGAGGAGAAGGAGGUGAUAGAGGGCAAGGAGGCAACAGAGCACAGCAUGGAGGGAAACCUCGUCAAAGCCCUGAGAGAGGCAGGGGAUGAGGGUGACGACGGGGACGAGUUCUUGGUCCCGAAGAAGAAGCUGAAAGAGAGCCCAGAGGAUGAUGAAGAGGCAAAGAGCAAACGUCCGAAAGAGAGAGCAAAGUGGCCCAAGAAGAAAGGCAGGCACCUGGGAGGACGGCUCUUGUCGGGGUCCUUCAGCGUGAAGAUGGGCGGUCGGGAGUUCAGUGGACAGAGACUGAAAGCGUACGGACUCAAUCCCAAACGGCUUCGCUACAGGCAGCUCAACCGGCAGAAACGGAAAGACCAAGAGAAAAAGGAGAAAGGAAGGAGCAAAGACUGAGGGGGGGCAGUCAGGAUACUCCGCAUCUGACUCUUGAGAAGCGUCACUGGAGU